CAGACCCAAACCCAAACACAACAGAGAUUCUUUUAUCCAUCUUUCCCCUUCAUUCUCACGUACUCCUCCUUUAUUUCUUUUCUUUCUUCCUUUCUUUUUCGUUUCAACAAAAACCCUAAUGCCUUUUUGUUUUCGCGUUUGAAUUUUGAAUUUGCGCUACAUCUGUUGCUUUCUCUUCGGUCCGGAGGCAGCAAUCAAAUUAUCUUUCAGCCAACGAUUCUUAGGUUAACUUUCUCCACUCCAGGAAAAAAUGCGGGCGAAGAUUGGGGAACAAGGUCGGUAGGUUGGUAGGUAGGUCCUGGCUACUGCUCUGGUGAUUCGAUCUGCCGGCGAGGCUGAGCAAAAGAGGGAUAGACGAAAAUGGCCAAUUUGGAUUUGCAGAUGAACCCCCAGAUGGAGCAGAUCCACGGCGAAAUCCGUGACAAUUUCCGAGCUCUUGCAAAUGGUUUCCAGAAACUGGAUAAGAUUAAAGACUCUAAUAGACAGAGUAAACAGCUGGAGGAACUUACAGGGAGGAUGAGAGAAUGUAAAAGAUUAAUCAAAGAGUUUGAUCGUGAAAUUAAAGAUGAGGAAAGCAAAAAUCCUCCCGAGGUUAACAAGCAACUCAACGAUGAGAAGCAAUCCUUGAUCAAAGAGCUGAAUUCAUAUGUGGCGUUAAGAAAGACGUAUAUGAGCAGCCUUGGUAAUAAGAGGGUGGAACUCUUUGAAGGGGGUGCAGGUGCUACUGAUCCUACAGCUGAUGACAAUGUUCAAAUGGCAUCAGCAAUGUCAAAUCAGGAGCUUAUUAAUGCUGGGACGAAGACAAUGGAUGAGACUGAUCAGGCAAUUGACCGCUCCAAACAGGUUGUUGCACAAACAAUUGAAGUGGGGACCCAAACAGCUGUUACACUAAAAGGCCAAACUGAGCAAAUGGGCCGAAUAGUUAAUGAGCUUGAUACAAUUCAGUUCUCCAUCAAGAAAGCCUCCCAGCUUGUGAAGGAGAUUGGUAGGCAGGUGGCUACAGAUAGAUGCAUCAUGCUUUUUCUAUUUCUCAUUGUCUGUGGCGUCAUUGCCAUAAUUAUUGUGAAGAUUGUGAAUCCGAAUAACAAAAGCAUCAGGGACAUCCCUGGCUUGGCUCCUCCAGCCCCCACAGCGAGGAGACUGUUGUUUAGCAAGACCGAGUGAAUGUUUCAAGGUCGGCGUCCCUACCACCGAUGGGGGAUAGUUUUAACCUGGCUUGAUUGUUCAUGUUGAUGCGGGAGAAGAGGAGAUGAAGAUGAGUGAUGGUUUUUCUGCCACCCUGUUGGUUUUCCAGAUUAAUCUAUUCUUGUGUGAGAUGGAUGUGCAUAUCAUGUUUGCCAUUUUCUUAUGUAAAUCAUAUGUUCACAGUUCAGGCUUUAUUGCCUUGGUACCACCCUUUUUGUUUAUUAUUGAAUGCGAUAUUUCUUUCGUAAACUAUCGUCCCGAGUCUGUUGUAUUGCUAGAAAGGAAUAAUAUUAGCCUGUGAUGUCGUCUACCA